AUGGCGACCACUACCGUCCUCCCCCUCUCCGACGUCGACAGCUAUGACUACGUGAUCGUGGGCGGCGGCACCGCCGGCUGUGUCAUCGCCUCGCGGCUGGCCGAGUACCUGCCCAAGAAGCGCAUCCUGCUGAUCGAGGCCGGCCCCAGCGACUUCAUGGACGACCGCGUCCUGAAGCUGAAGGACUGGCUGAAGCUGCUGGGCAGCGACCUCGACUACGACUACCCGACGACCGAACAGCCCAUGGGCAACAGCCACAUCCGGCACUCGCGUGCAAAAGUGCUCGGCGGCUGCUCGUCGCACAACACGCUCAUCUCCUUCCGCCCCUUCGAGUACGACUGCCGCCUCUGGGAGGAGAUGGGCUGCCGCGGCUGGUCGUUCGACAUGUUCAUGCGCGUGCUCGACAACCUGCGCAACACCGUCCAGCCCGUCCACAGCCGCCACCGCAACCAGCUGUGCAAGGACUGGGUGCAGGCCUGCUCCAAGGCCCUCAACAUCCCCAUCAUCGACGACUUCAACCGCGAGAUCCGCUCCAAGGGCCAGCUGACCGAGGGCGUCGGCUUCUUGUCCGUCGCCUACAACCCGGACGACGGCCGCCGCAGCAGCGCCAGCGUCGCCUACAUCCACCCCAUCCUGCGCGGCGAGGAGAAGCGGCCCAACCUGACCAUCCUGACCAACGCCUGGGUGUCCAAGGUCAACGUCAGCGGCGACACCGUCACCGGCGUCACCCUGACCCUGCAGUCCGGCGAGAAGCGCACGCUGCGUGCUAAAGCCGAGACCAUCCUGUGCGCCGGUGCCAUCGACACGCCGCGGCUGCUGCUGCUGUCCGGCAUCGGCCCGCAGGAGCAGCUCCGUUCGCUGGGCAUCCCCGUGGUCAAGGACCUGCCAGGUGUCGGCGAGAACCUGCUCGACCACCCGGAGACGAUCAUCAUCUGGGAGCUCAACCAGCCCGUGCCGAGCGAGACGACCAUGGACUCGGACGCCGGCAUCUUCCUGCGGCGCGAGCCUCCCAAUGCGGCCGGCAGCGACGGCCGCGCGGCCGACCUCAUGAUGCACUGCUACCAGAUCCCGUUCUGCGUGAACACGAGCCGGCUGGGCUACGACACGCCCAAGCACGCGUUCUGCAUGACGCCCAACAUCCCGCGGCCGCGGUCGCGCGGACGGCUGUACCUGACAUCGGCGGAUCCCAACGUCAAGCCGGCGCUGGACUUCCGCUACUUCACGGACCCGGAGGGCUACGACGCGGCGACGAUCGUAGCCGGGCUGAAGGCCGCACGGAAGGUAGCCCAGCAGGCGCCAUUCAAGAACUGGAUCAAGCGCGAGGUGGCGCCGGGCCCCAACGUGGUCACGGACGAGCAGCUGUCCGAGUACGGCCGCAAAGUGCACCACACGGUGUACCACCCAGCGGGCACGACCAAGAUGGGCGACAUCGAGCGCGACCCGCUGGCCGUCGUCGACCCGCAGCUCAAGAUCCGGGGUCUGAAGAAGGUGCGCAUCGCGGACGCCGGCAUCUUCCCGACCAUGACCUCGAUCAACCCGAUGCUGACGGUGCUGGGCAUCGGCGAGCGCGCGGCCGAGCUGAUUGCGGAGGAAGCUGGCUGGCGCCAGAACCAGCCGAAGCUGUAA